AUGUCUGGAAAAAAAGGCAAAGGCAAAGGAGCGUCUGCUGAAGGUGAUUCAUCUGAGGCAUCAGGUGGUAGUAGUAAGGGUGGUACUUCAGUCAAAGUUCGACAUAUUCUUUGUGAAAAACAAUCAAAAGCAUUGGAAGCAUUAGAAAAAAUUAAUAGUGGAAUGAAAUUUGAUGAAGUUGCACGUACUUAUUCGGAAGAUAAAGCUCGACAUGGAGGUGAUCUUGGCUGGAUGACACGUGGAUCAAUGGUAGGUGAAUUUCAAGAUGCAGCUUUUGCUCUUCCUGUUAGCACAUUAGCUAAACCUGUGAUAUCACCACUUGUUAAAACAAAAUUUGGUUAUCAUAUAAUAAUGGUUGAAGGCAAAAAAUAA